AUGGAUUUCAGCUCUCCUUUUGCUCUGCAGUGCUUACUGGUGAUAAUAACUGUUACUCAUGGCUCUGCCACUUGGACCGGUGUGCUCAGCGGUGGCUCGGCAGUUUUUUCCGUGGGAAUUCAAAGUCUGCAGAACCUCUCCAGAAUGAGCAAGAGGGAGGCGAGGUGCUUGACAGCCGUCUUAAAUGAUACUUUGUUGGCUGAGUGUGGCACUGCUGCUGGCAGAUGCCUGAACUUGGAGAAUGGCUCGCUAGUGCUGAGGAGUGUGCAGAAAGAGGAUGAAGGAAAAUACGAGUUUGUUUUUCACAACACCACCAGGUCUUUCACACUGGAAGUAUUUGAACCAGCCAUUGGCAUCCAGUGUUUCCCUAAUGGGACCGGAGAGUUGUCCUGCAACGCAACCAGUACCGAGAUCACCAGUUUUCGGUGGCUGCUGAAUGGGACUGCCCUGAGUGCUCCUGAGGCUUGUGUUAAGGAUGGCGGGAAGAAGGUUCGCCUGGAGAAAACUGUGCCCGGGCAAUUUGUAUGUGAGGUUUACCAUGGGAACAGCAUCGCGAGGACCAAGCCUGUUGUGCUGUCUUGCAGCUAUGGAGACCUGCUGCAGUACCCAUGGUUCAUUUACAUUCUGGCAGGGUGUGCAGGGGGUGUGGUUAUUCUUGUGGUGGCUGUGUCCUCAGUCAUAUGUUGCUGCAUGAAGAGGAGACACAAGUUCAUCCCAGUGCCUUCAGAGGAGAAGGAUGAUGGGCUAACAAUGUCUGUGGUCUCCAGUGAAGGUGUGAAGAGCCCCCCCAACGGAGACCAUGUUGAGGCCCAAGGUGCCCAAAUUGACUGUGCUCCAAAGCCUGAUGCUGCCCAGACUGGUCACGGCAUUGAGCCCCAGUCUGCUGUGGAAGAAAAUGUACCAAUGGAGAUAGAGCCUGAGGAAGUGCCAGACCCAGAGGUCAUAGUUGAUGUGGAAAGUCAGGAGAAUGCCUCGGACUGUUUCCCGGAUCCAACUGAUGACUGA